GCUUGCAAAUCAUCGGAUAGAGACGUCCUAGUAUGAAUUACCGUAAUUUGCGUAACCGGCGCUACAGUUCUUGGUCUUGCAAAGGUCUAUUUUAGCCCCAAAAAACCACAGUAAGCUGUUUAGUCAGUUCGACAUUUUUAACAUAGCACUCCACAGCAAGUGCCUAGAAAUAGGCACCCUAGCUUCUGUACAAUUUCCCUUAUUGUACCUUGUUCAUUUAUUACCUACGAAAAAUAACUCGUUAUCAGCUUUACUUCCGAUGUAAAGAAUACGGUUUUAAUUAAAAUACGUCGGAGUUAUUAAAUACACAAUACGCCAGAGUCAAAUCAAGUCAGGGUCGCAAUAACUAUUAUUGAAAAGACGCUGCGAUCUCGCCGCACCGUUCGCGAAAUUACUGAGGCGGACUUCGUCGGACUCCACAUUAUACGUUUGCACGGCGCAGAGAACGCUUACCAGGACUUUACGGAGAUUAAUUUCAAUCCUUCGACUAAAUAUUUGCUAGCUCUUUCUCGAGUUACGAAGAUGACGACGGCCAGCGUUCUAUUAACGGUGACUACUGCCUGGAAUGUGACAAUCGAGAAAGCAGAGAAUGACGGUAAGAUGGGACGAACUCUAAAAAAUGUGGUCGCCGAAGCCAUCACAGAACUUCGAGAAACUCAGUCUACUAAGGAGCAAUCUCUUCAACUUAUGAGAGAGUGGAUAGAACAGAAUGGAGACAUCAAAAACGUACGACAAGAUGAAAUAUUUUUACUACGAUUUCUGCGACAUAAGAAGUAUAGCAUACCAAUGGCCCAACAAACUUUACUUAAAUAUUUAAGUCUCAGAAAGUUCUACCCCGAAAUUUUUAAAAAUUUGGAUUACGAGGAUAGCAACUUACAAGAAAUUAUAAAUAAUGGGUACAUAGUGGUUUCACCAGUUCGUGACAACAAGGGUCGCCGGGUCAUCUUUUACAAUAUGAGUAAAUUCAACGCCACUAGAUUCAGUUGUUGGGAUAUGUGCCGUGCUCAUAUGCUUGUAUAUGAGAGUUUAAUGGAUGAUCCAUUAAAUCAAAUAUGUGGGUUUAAUCACAUUGGCGAUGGAAAUGGAAUUUCUGGAGCUCACAUCACUGCUUGGAACCCCAGCGAUUUCGGAAGGAUUAUAAAAUGGGGGGAGCAAUCGUUGUCGAUGCGACACAAAGCGGUUCAUCUGAUAAACGUUCCCGUCGCUCUCAAAUACGUCAUAGACUUCGCAACAUCUAAAGUGUCACAGAAAAUGGCACAUAGACUAAAAGUAUGCACAAACUCAAAACUAUUACAUACACAAACAGACGUUGACUGUCUACCCACUUUAUACGGAGGCAAAUUAGAAUUGCGUGAAAUGAUAGAAUACACCAAGCAAAUUUUGAAAGAACAAAAAGAAAAUGUUCUUGCUUUGGACAACAUGGAGAUCCUCAGCACACGUGGGAUAAUUUCAUCGAGAGGCAGGAACCGAGAUAACAAUGACAAUGAAGAUUUAAUUUCAGUCGAAGGCAGUUUCAGAAAACUUGAAAUAGAUUAACGAGUACUUUUUAUUGUUUAAUAGCGAUUGUUAUCACUUAAUCCUAUGUUUUUAGCUGGCUAUACAGUAUGCUGCCACAACUUCCAACGUGAGCGUACAGCCAAUAUGAUUGAUUGUUUGUAAUUUAGAUAAAGUAAAAACAAUUUUUAUUUAAAGGUAAAUAUUUCAAUUCGGAAUGCAGUUUUACAACUGAGAGGAAAUGGGCAAACAAUUGAAGGCUUGCCUUUUUGAAAAAAAUGUAUUUUAUUUUACAACUAGCCUACCUGGCAGACUUCGCAGUGUCUCAAUCGAUAAAUAAAAGACCUAAACUUUUGUAUAAAAUAAACUUAAAACAAACAAAAAGAAUCCGUCCGAUGGGGGACACAUCAAAGGAAAAACAAAAUUGUUAUUUUUAUUUCAUUCCGAGCAUUUUCAUAUUUAUCUACCUUUUAAAGCUUUUCUGGACUUUCACAAAAUAUUCAAGACCAAAAUUAACCAAUUCGGUCCUGCCGUUCUCGAGUUUUAGCGAGACUAACGAACAGCAAUUCAUUUUUAUAUAUAUAGAUUACUAUAUUGUAUUAGUGACAAGUAUGAGAAACAGAAAUAUAUAUGUAUUACUUAGUGGUGCAAAACAAAUUUGUUAGCUAUAUUGGUGUUUGAAACGCAAUCGCGUCAUGCUCUUUUCAAUGAUUUAUUACCUAAAUAACUCGCGCUUCAGUAAUCGUUAUCGACGCUAUACAUAAGUGCCUCAAAAUAUGACGUGGAUGAUUUUAAUUUGAUAAUCAUUCAAUAUCCUUGAUUUUUAUAGUAAUCUAUCUGGUCUGACUAUGUGUGCUCAAGAUGAACAGAAUAUAUCCACUACAUCCAUAAUGUAUCCGUAAAGAAUAUCAGUGGAUAUUGUAUUUUAAAUGCUCAGUUGACUUUUCGGCGGUAAAGCGAGGAACGAAGUCGUCUGAAUUGUUUUAUUUAGUUUAAUAUUUCAUCAGGUUUAAACGUGUAACAAUAGUAUCUAUUUAACUAUUCUAUCUGUCAAAGUGUGGGAAAAUGAAAUAAAGCCGCCGGAUACGGCGAAGCCGUCAGUAGAAGAACACAAGAGAUUUUUCAAAAGUGCCACUGAAGUCUCAGUAAAUUCCUAACAUUUUACUGUGACAUUAUUUCUUCUCAUCUAGUUUAUUUCCCAGAGCUUUCUUUCAAUUUCAUCCUAAUUGAUUAUUAUUUCAGAUAAAACGUUUCCACUUCAUUAUCCUUAUUUAGUUUUUCAUAUAACGUAGUAUAUACUACGUAUUUGAAAAUAAUUGAAUAGUUUUUACGUUGUAUCUGUAUCUAGUAAGAAUUAAAUUUUCAGGGUCGUUUUAGUAUUAAUCGUUAAUUAAUAUUUAGUGUUAAUAUUUUAUGCGUACGCUAUAUUUACUAUGUAAUCUGAGAUAUACUCCGUGAUUUUACAAAAGUAUCACAUGACUAAUUGGCGUUGGAUUUAAAUGGUCUAUUUUAUAACAAAUAAAUAAAACCUUACAGA